AUGUCUACUCUUCUAAGAUCCGCCAAGUCCAUUGCCCCCCUAUUGGACCGUGUUCUUGUUCAAAGAAUCAAGGCCCAACCAAAGACUGCAUCAGGUCUUUACUUGCCCGAGAAGAACGUGGAAAAGUUGAACCAAGCUAAGGUUCUUGCCGUAGGUCCUGGUUUUACCGAUAACAAUGGUAACAAAGUUACCCCUCAGGUGCAAGCUGGUGAUCAAGUGUUGAUCCCACAAUUCGGUGGAUCCACCAUCAAAUUGCAAAGCGACGAAGAGGUUUUGUUGUUCAGAGACACCGAAAUUUUGGCUAAAAUUAACGAGUAG